AUGGACUUGCUUCAAAUAGCUAUUACCAAUAUAACAACAACAACUCCAUACUUGCCUGUUCAUACGCCUUUAUACCUUGGAUAUAUUGCUGUUAUUGCUGCAGUCCUUUUAUUCGGAAGUAAUUUGGUUCCAGCUAAUAAAUUUCCAGUUGGAGAUGGUUUAGCCUUUCAAUUUUUUAUGUGCAUUGGGAUAUGGUGCACAGGCUGGGCUUCUGGUCACUUUGGCUGGUUCGGACUAAUUUCUGAAAAAGUAGAACACCCUAUAAUGAAUUACUUCGGGGUAGCAUGUGGAUGUUUGAGUGCUUUGAUGUUUAUUAAUAUACGAGCGAUAAAAACAGAUGCACUAGUCGUACCAGAAAGAAGGCCGCUGCUGUCACAUGAAAAUAUUGUACAUGACACUCCAUCAGAUCUGGAAACACAAGUAAAUAUCAAUGCGGUAAGGUCGACCGAAGCUCCAGUCGUAGAAGUUAUUAAUGUCAAUCCAACUCCUCCUCCAACUUUAAAAAUACGUCUUAUUGCCUAUAUAUUAGCAAUCAUAUGUGGUUCACUAUUUGGUUUAAUUUUCACACCCAGCACCUACAUACAAGAUCAUCCUGAAAAAUAUCCAAAUGCAUCAAAAAACGGACUUCAUUAUGCAUUUUCAAUGUAUUCUGGUAUACUGUUGACGUCAUCUGUUUUUUUCUUUGUUUAUACGAUUGUAAAACGUAAUAGGCCGCAGAUAUAUGCUGAAAGCAUUUGUCCUGCACUUGUCUCAGGUAUUUUGUGGGGUAUUGCUCAAGCUGCUUUUCUCAUAUCAAACUCCAUACUUAGUCAAGCAAUUACAUUUCCUCUCGUUGUUAUUGGGGUUGGCAGUGUAGCAACUCUAUGGUCAAUAUUUUAUUUUAAAGAAAUAUUUGGUAUGCGAAACUAUUUAUUCGUAUUUCUUGGAAUGUGUCUGUCUAUUACAGCAUCUGUCUUAAUCGUUUUGUCUAAACCAAAACAAUAA